AUGCUGGGACAGGACAGCCCCCACUCAAACAUCCAAAGCAUCGGCUUCCACCACAAACUGGCGGGACGGGUCAGGAUGAACCAAGAUGGGAGCUAUGGUGAAAUGAUGUUUGAGAUCCCGGAACAAGCGGUCAGCAGCUGGGGACCACGUGUCAUGAGUGACAUGCCCUGUGGCAGACACUGUUCUGCGGAGGUUGAAAACCAGUGGCUUGGAGUGAGCCUCUCCAGGCGGCAGCAGGAUGGACUUGUGAUGGCCUGUGGACAUCGUUGGAAAAAUGUCUUCUUCACCAAAAAAGAAGAUAAGUUGCCACAUGGCGUCUGCUACAAAUUGGAGUCGGACUUGAGUCAAUCAAGUCCUUUGAUUCCAUGUUACAGAGAUCACCAAAAACAGUUUGGCAAUGACUAUGCAUCAUGUCAAGCAGGGAUUUCAAAUGUCCUUAUUGGGGACCUCGUAGUAAUGGGAGCCCCUGGAACCUUGUAUUGGACUGGGUCUGUUUUGGUCCACAACAUAUCCAGCCAGGUCACUUCUGCCUACUUGGAUGAUAACGUUGUCCUCUAUGGAAGUUAUUUGGGGUACUCAGUCAGCGCUGGCCACUUCCUGCACCCAGACUCCACUGAGGUAGUGGGAGGAGCCCCCCAGUAUGGGCAGACUGGUAGAGCCUACAUCUUUAGCAUAGAGUCCAGGACACUGAGCAUCAUCUCUGAGGUCAAAGGUCAAAAGCUGGGUUCCUAUUUUGGGGCCACUGUGUGUGCGGUGGACCUGAACACUGAUGGCCUGUCUGACCUGCUGGUGGGAGCUCCAAUGUUCAGCGCCGUGAGGGAGGAGGGCCGUGUGCACAUCUACAUGAACCAGGGACAGGCUAACAUGAAGGAGAUGGAGUUUACAUUAGCAGGGAGAGAUUCAUAUGCAGCCCGGUUUGGGGAAAGUAUCACAAGUCUUGGAGAUAUUGAUGAUGAUGGCUAUCCAGAUGUUGCUGUUGGGGCACCACAAGAGGAUGACCUACAUGGUGCUAUUUAUAUCUACAAUGGGAGGAAGACGGGACUUGAACAACACUUUUCUCAAAGGAUUGCUGGGUCUGCUUUGGGUAGUGCUUUCAAGAUGUUUGGCCAGUCUGUGUCUGGGGGCAUUGAUGUUGAUGAAAACGGUUACCCAGAUGUGGCCGUGGGAGCCUUUCUGUCCGACUCUGCUGUUGUUCUGAGGACACGGGCGGUUGUUGUGGUGGAGGCGAUGAUACUUCUUCCUCCUACUGUGAACCGCACCCAUGCCCUGUGUACAGAGAACGGCCAGCCUGCCGUAUGCCUCAAAACCACUGUGUGCUUCCAGUUGCACGCGCAACGUGUCUCUGGGCUCAUCGAAAUACUGUACAACCUGACGGCUGAUGUCAAGCACAUAGAGGGGCUCCAGUCCAGAUUCUUCUUCACCACCAACGGCACAGCGUUAUCAAAUGCCACAGCAGGCAGCAUCCAGACCAGGCAUGGUCACAUGACCUGUGUUACCCACCUGGCCUUUCUGAGGAGAGACAUUCGGGACAUCUUCACCCCCAUCCACUUUGAGCUGCAGUAUGAGCUGGGAGAGCACAAUGUGGUGAGGGGUAACUCCAAGAGCUUUCCCCCUCUCAGGCCUAUGCUCAAGAGGGGAGGGGAGUACAGCAACUUGCUGACCAACAAGACUGUAUUCACCAGGUACUGUGCCUGGGCCAACUGUUCCACCAAUCUGCAAGUGUCUGCACAGCUGCUGUUACCGAGGUGA